GGAAAUUUAGGUGUAAAAUAACUAACGAACUAAGUUCUAAACAACUGGUUACAUCGAAAUACUUAAAAAUAUAGCUUAUUCAGCUGCUUAUUAAUUACAUGAUUUAAAUUUUGAAUUCCCGCGUGGUCCCGCCGAAGGAAUAUUUAAUUUUGACAGAUGACAUAAGCGAUUACCCUAGAACUUGUUUUUAAGUGUUAGUGUGAUGAAUACUUUAAAACUUGUCAGCAAUUGCUUUUUGAGACCCACAUUUCGACUUUGUAGUCUUACAAAUCGCAAUGCAACCACAGUAAUUGACCCUCCCGACAGUCCCGAUAUUAAAAUCCCUUCACCUAAAGUACGCGAUAAUGAACCUUUGGAACAGAGAAGGGCCAGGCUCUUGUAUCAGUCACGUAAACGGGGAAUGCUCGAAAAUGAUCUCUUAUUAAGUACUUUUGUAGAUAAAUAUUUGAAAAGUUUUACUGAAAGUCAGUUGGAACAGUAUGACAAGCUUAUAAAUGGGCCUUCAAAUGAUUGGGAUAUUUAUUAUUGGGCCACUGAAAUAAAAGAGACUCCAAAGGAAUAUGAACAUGAAAUUAUGAAACUGUUGAAGGAGCAUUGCAAGAAUUUGAAUAAGGAGUCAAGAAUUAGACAACCCGAUCUCUAGUUGUAUAUUUUUGUUAAAAAUUAUUGUCACGUUAUGUAAAUAAAUUAUACAAAAUA